AUGACUAAUGAGAAUGACCUUACCAUAGCUCAAUUGGCCCUUAAAAUGGAUGCUAUGUGGAAUGAAAUACAAAGGAGGUUCGAUCAAAAAGUUGAGUCCAUUCAUAAGAGGAUUGAUUACUUGGAUUCAUCUAAAGGUUCUUCUAAGAAAUCAAGGAGACAACAAUCCAUAAAUGAAUCUAGUGAUUCAAAUGCGGAUACGGACAUGGAGCAAAUUGAAACAAGGAGGCCGAGGAGAAACACCAAGGCUAUUGAUGACACAAUUCGAGGAAUUACAAUGAAAAUUCCACCCUUUCAAGAGAGAUCAGACCCGAAUGCUUAUCUUGAAUGGGAAAGACGAGUGGAACUAGUGUUCGACUGCAACAACUACACGGACGAGCAAAAGUUGAGACUAGUUGUGGUCGAAUUCACCGACUAUGUCAUAGUUUGGUGGGAUCAUAUGGUUACGAGUAGAAGGAGAUGUGGUGAACCAUCCAUAACCACAUGGAGCGAGCUCAAACGCCUCAUGAAGAAGCGGUUUGUACCAAGUCACUACCAUAGAGACUUGUACCAAAAGCUUCAAACUUAA